CCUUUCAUCCUUUCACUCUUUUUGAUUGGAACUCGAUCGAUUCGAUAUCGAUCCAGCUCAGUCAGGAAAGUUGUAUGGGAGAUGGUAGAUUUUCUCCGCUAUCAAUACUCUUUGUGAAGUGUUAGGGAUACUUCUGCAGUUUUAGGCAUAAUGGCAUGCCCUACGGAAGAGGAGAAAGUGAAAGCCGAGGACCUGAAAACAAAAGCAAAUAAGUUCUUCAAUGACAAGCAAUUCCCGGAGGCUAUCGAACUCUAUUCCGAAGCGAUCAAAGUUAAUCCCAGCAAUGCUAUUUAUUUCGGAAACCGCAGCAUAGCCUAUCUCCGGACAGAGAGCUAUGGUUGGGCUUUGGAUGAUGCCACCAAGGCGAUAUCUCUCGAUUCGUCGUACUUGAAAGGAUACUACAGACGUGCUACUGCCAACAUGGCCCUGGGAAAAUACAAGGCUGCGCUCACGGAUUAUGACGCUGUAGCCAAAGCACGACCCAGAGAUGCUGAUGCCCGUGCGAAGUACCAGGAGUGCGAGAAAAUCGUGCGGAGAAUGAGAUUUGAAAAGGCCAUUGCUGCAGACAAUGGCAGCCAGGCAGUUUCAGACACCAUUGACCUAAAUAACAUGGUUGUGGAACCUACCUACAAUGGGCCACGACUGGAAGAGGAGAUCUCCAAAGAGUUUAUGGAGCAGCUUUCCGAUUGGUAUAAACAACAGAAGGUUCUUCACAAAAAGUAUGCCUUCAAGAUGCUGCUACAGCUUAAGGAGUACUUUUCCAAGCAGCCAUCGGUUGUUGACAUCAGUGUACCGGACGGGCACAAGUUUACUGUGUGCGGUGAUAUUCAUGGACAGUACUACGACCUGCGGAACGUGUUUGAGCUGAAUGGUGUUCCGUCAGAGGAGAAUCCCUACCUGUUCAAUGGUGACUUUGUUGAUCGCGGCUCAUUCUCGAUAGAAGUCGUCUUCACAUUGUUUGGCUAUAAGCUGCUGUACCCUGAUCACAUGUUCCUGUCACGUGGAAACCAUGAGACAAUCAACAUGAACCAGAUGUACGGAUUUUCUGGCGAGUGCCGAUCCAAGUACAACUCAACGAUGGAUGAGCUGUUUACGGAAGUGUUCAACUGGCUCCCACUGUCGCAUGUCAUCAGUCACAAGAUAUUUGUCACGCACGGUGGCCUGUUCAGUGAAGAUGGUGUCGACCUGAACAAGCUCAGGCAGCUGGAUCGCAACAGGCAGCCCCCACAGGAUGGAGCAAUGUGCGAACUACUGUGGUCUGAUCCCCAGGAUGAGUCUGGUCGGUCGUCAAGCAAGAGAGGAGCAGGCACACAGUUUGGCCCGGACGUCACCGAAAAGUUCCUGGAGUACAACAACUUGGAUCUGGUCAUCCGCUCACAUGAAGUGAAGCCAGAGGGCUACGAGGUAUCCCAUGGCGGUCGCUGCAUUACUGUCUUCUCUGCACCAAACUAUUGUGACCAGAUGGGCAACAAGGGCGCAUUCAUUACACUACAGGCACCCGGUCUCAAGCCAGAGUUCACGACGUACGAGGCAGUGCCGCAUCCUAAUGUUCGCCCCAUGGCGUACGCCUCUCCGUUGUUUUCGAUGCUGGGUUGAAAACAUGGCUUGUGGUGCUGUCACCUUCCAGAGAGGCCUCGAGGCAAUGGCUGUUGUCUCUGACAUCGGAAACGUAUGGUGGCUGCUAUGUUCCAAUGCUAAUGCGAAGCCGACUGCUGCACGGUGUACUUUUUCCCCAUGUAGCAAGUCCUUGGAGUGAAGCUAGCAGAGCAUCACUUGUACACGGACCUAAGUGCACUCUUGAGUGAAAGCGAUCUGUUGUUACCUUACUAGUAGACUCAUGGUGGAGCCGUUGCUCAGCUUGUGUUUGAUUUGUUCCAGGCUUAUUUAUGAAGUACGGAGGGCAAUUGCCUUGUCUUCGUUGUAUUUUCUCUUCUUUCUUUCUUUCUUUUCUUUUUAAAUAUUCUAAUGACAGUCAUUCUGGUGGGCAGACAAUUCCUUCUUCUUUCUUUUAACAUAUCUCUAUGGCUCUCGUUAUGCGGAAGGAAAUUGGUGAUAGUAUUUUGCAUGCAGCUGCCUGGUGCAUGCACGCUGAAUUUUUUUGAAGAAUUUCCCUCGCUUUUGUAGCUCCAUCGUUUUUCGACAUGUGCUGAUGUCCACUUGUUGACCUCCUUCUCUAGUACCACUUUCUCCCUUGACCACCACCCUCUGUGUUCUACCGGUAUGUGUUGAUGAUACCCGCCAUAUCUUGUAUAUGCAGUCGUUUUUUUUAUAUUAUAGAUAUGACUACUCCAGAGUGUACAGGUAGUUUUGUACGAGAACUUGACCACAGUACUGUUUCUUGGGAUCACCCUAGUCCUGUGGCUCAUGCUGAAAUUCUUAUGUUUGCUCCUGUCUCCUUGUGCGCCAUCGGUGUAACUCUUUGCUGAGUUUAG